CAGUCAACAUCAAAGCUCUCCUUAUUGUUUACCAUUUUUCCAUGGUGUGCCUUUCUGCUUAUAUGUUUUAUGAGUUCACAGCAUCUUCUUGGUUGGCAAAUGAGGAUGGCCAGAGUGUGCUGGUGGUUUUACUUCUCGAAAGUCAUUGAACUUACUGAUACAGUGUUCUUCAUUCUGAGGAAGAAGAACAAUCAACUGACCUUUUUGCAUGUGUAUCAUCAUGGCACCAUGAUUUUCAACUGGUGGGCAGGGGUCAAGUAUGUUGCGGGAGGGCAGUCGUUCCUUAUUGGCCUCAUAAACUCUUUUGUUCAUGUGGUAAUGUAUAUGUACUAUGGCCUGGCAGCAUUGGGCCCCCAAAUGCAUAAGUACUUGUGGUGGAAACACUACCUCACUUCGCUUCAGCUGCUCCAGUUCUUCAUUGUGACCAUUCACACUGCAGUUAACCUCUAUGCUGACUGUGAAUUUCCUGACUCCAUGAAUAUUAUAGUGCUCGGCUAUGCCUUCAGCCUGAUCGCUUUGUUUAGUAACUUUUAUUAUCAGAACUACAUUUCCAAGAAGACCAAGAUGGCAUGAUAGCGUGAAGAUUAAAAUAUUUAUUACAUACUAUGACUGUUUGAAUAAAAAUGUGUCAUCCAUUGAUCCACAAUGUGGCGAUUGAGACUGUCUUAAUCCUUUAUCUCAGAUCCAUUUGUCUGUGUAUUCUCCCCUCCUCCAAACAGAGUCCAUACAAUCUCUACACUCCCAUCCCCCUCUGGUCAUUAGGGAUUGAGACCCUGCAAUGCUCUAGUGAUCUGGCCAAAUUGAAAUAAACCGAGUCCACCUUCUGCUCCUCACUCACUUAUUUAUCUAAUCUCCCACUGUGACACUUUAUUUGUUU